AGGUGCUGGGCAAUACAUAUAGCUUUGAUAAGUUCAUUUCUUAUACAACCCAUGACAUCAGUUGUUAGUUCUCAGGCAAUGUAUUGUUUUUUCUCAACUCCAGAGAUUACUCCUAGGUUUCGAGUGAGAGUUCAAAGUGGUAGCGGUGGUGGUAACUCAAAAGUAUCGCCAUCUGAUUCCGCUCUAGUGAUUGGAGAGAAAGAUAAAAAAUUCGGGGGUCGAAUUGAUUCAUGGAAUGCGAGCUUAAAGUGUGGGAUUAAGAAAAAGAGCGUUAAAGAUGUUAUUUCAAGUGACUUGGAUGUCUUGUGGGAUGACGGUUAUGGGACCAAGACUGCGAAGGAUUUUUUUGAAGGAGCCAAGGAGAUGAUUAGGCCUGACGGGGGGCCUCCCCGGUGGUUUUGCCCUAACGACUGUGGGCAGCCUUUAAAAGAUUCUCCAAUUCUUCUGUUUUGCCCUGGGAUUGUUGGUGUUGGCUUGGCCCUGACUUUGCAUCAUAAAGCUCUCGGGAAGGUGUUUGAAGUCAGGUGCCUUCAUAUUCCAGUGAAUGAUCGAACACCAUUUGAAGGGCUGGUGAAAUUUGUCGAAGAAACAGUGAGGCUAGAGCAUGCCUCAUCUCCAAAUAAGCCAAUUUAUCUAGUGGGGGAUUCCUUCGGGGGAUGUCUUGUUCUUGCUGUUGCUGCUCGUAAUCCUGAAAUUGACCUUGUAGUGAUACUAGCUAACCCAGCUACAUCAUUUGACAGGUCACAGCUUCGACCCCUGAUCCCCCUUUGGGAGGCGUUGCCUGAUGGAUUAUACAAUGCACUUCCAUAUCUUCUUAGCUUUGUUAUGGGUAAUCCAGUGGAGAUGGCAAGGGUCAAUAUUGACUAUAGACUACCUCCCAGAUUACAAAUUGAACAAUUGUUUCAGAAUCUCAUUGCUUUGCUACCUCAUCUUUCUGAUUUGGUUGAUAUAAUUCCCAAGGACACUCUUAUUUGGAAGUUGAAACUGCUCAAAUCAGCGGCUUCUUAUGCUAAUUCCAGGCUUCAUGCUGUGAAAGCUGAAGUGCUAGUCCUGUCAAGUGGAAAUGAUCACAUGCUUCCUAGUGGAGAUGAAGCUCAGCGUCUGAAAAGAACAUUAAAGAAUUGCACAGUUCGUUAUUUCAAGGACAAUGGUCAUAAUAUUUUAAUGGAAGGUGGUGUUAAUUUUCUUGCUGUCAUUAAAGGUACUGGAAAAUACCGUCGUUCAAGGAGGAUUGAUUUGGUCUUAGACUUUAUUCCACCAAGCAUGUCAGAAUUCAAACAAGGAUAUGAUGAAGUAUUUGGGUUGUUACGCUUUGCUACUGGUUCUGCCAUGUUCUCAACUUUGAAUGACGGAAAGAUAGUGAAAGGUCUUCAUGGGGUUCCAAAUGAAGGUCCUGUCUUAUUAGUUGGCAACCACAUGUUGAUGGGACUUGAAAUUUAUUCCCUUGUCCCAGAAUUCUUGAGAGAGAAAAAUAUUAUGGUUCGUGUUGUAGUGCAUCCAGUUGUAUUUAGGGAAAGGCAGGGGGUUUCAUCUCCUGAAUUUUCUUUAGCUGAUUGGAUGAAAGUAAUGGGUGCAGUACCUGUCACAGCCAGCAAUCUUUUCAACUUGCUGUCAACAAAAUCUCAUGUGCUUCUUUAUCCUGGAGGAGCCCGAGAAGCCCUUCAUAACAGGGGUGAAGAAUAUAAGCUGUUUUGGCCCGAUCAACAAGAAUUUGUGAGAAUGGCAGCAAGGUUUGGGGCUACAAUUGUACCAUUUGGAACUGUAGGAGAAGAUGAUGUAGCAGAAUUGGUUCUUGAUUACAAUGACUUCAUGAAAAUCCCAGUGGUCAAUGACUACAUCAGAGACGCUAAUCGUAAUUCCAUAAGACUAAGGGAUAAGAGUAAAGGGGAGGUUGCCAACCAAGAACUAUAUCUCCCAGGUAUUCUGCCAAAGGUUCCGGGCCGCUUUUAUUUUCUAUUCGGAAAGCCUAUAGAAACAAAGGACCGAAAGGAAGAGAUCCUUGAAGACAGAGAAAAUGCAAACCAGUUAUACCUGCACAUAAAAUCUGAAGUUGAACGUUGCAUUGCUUAUCUUUUGAAGAAACGAGAGGAGGAUCCUUACAGGAGUAUCGUUGAUAGAACAGUGUAUCGUGCUUUACAUUCUCCUUUGCAUGAAGUUCCAGCAUUUGACCCUUAAAAAAUGGCCACAGUCUCGCAGCAGCCUCCCUUGAUAGAACAGUGUAUCGUGCUUUACAUUCCCAGAUCACUUCACAGGAUUUUUUUUUCACAGCAUCACAAGAGAAAAAAAAAAGAAUAA